UCGGGACUCGCACGGCACCGCCCCUCUCCAAACUCCCGGGCGCGCAGGCGGACACCGGGCCGCACAGGUAGAGCUCCGCACGGGCCCCGGAGACGGCGUGGCGGGAUGGGGCGGCCCUGGGCCCGUGGCCUCCUCCUGCUCACCGCCUGCCUGGGGCUCUGCCGGCCGCUCGGGGGGCUUGGAGCAUCUUUUUAUGGUGAAAGCUACGUGGGGCUCAGCAUGGCAGAGGUUUCCCCUGAGCUCUCGCUUCAGUUCAGAUUUCAAACCAGCAAGCCACAAGGCUUACUCUUCCUUGCAGCUGGGAAGACUGACUACUGCCUAAUAGAACUUCUGUCGGGAACAUUACAGGUAAAAGUAAAAGUGGGCACGGGGAAACAGAUCCUCCUUUCUGAGCAAAGACUUCGUGUGGAUGAUUUGGUCUGGCAUUCGGUGGGACUGCAGUGUGGCAAAGAUCAUGUUUCCUUGGUCAUUGACAAGCAUCAUGAGACAACCGGCCAGCUGGCUGGGGGGAUGCGUAACUUCACCUUUCACCAUGGAAUCUAUGUAGGAGGUCGUGGGGGGCUCAGUGUCCCUUACCUGGACAGAAAGACCCCCAAUUUCCGAGGAUGCAUGGAGGAUGUGGUGUUUAACCAGAGGGAGAUCCUUACGUCCCUUAGGUCUUACCCUGGCUUUAAGAAGGUUAAUGAGGUGUCACUGGGGUGUAGCGAUGAGUUUUUUGCUGGGAAGGAUGAGGCCAUUAGCUUUUUCAGCUCUAGGUCCUACGUCACCUUCCCAGAAUGGAAGGUGUACCACGGGGAAGGGAUCCUGAGGUUUGCUGUGCAAACCGAAACCCCACAAGCUUUGCUUUUGUUUCAGUCAGGUAGAGGAAGAGAUUUUGUUGCCUUGGAAAUCCAUGAGGGUCAACUCAAGGCUCAUGUAGGAAGGGGCGGAACAAAAACUCAGCUUUCGUCGUUCAGCUUGGUUAGUGACAACAAGUGGCACAUUGUUCAACUCAGAGUCGCGGGGAGGCAUGUGGACCUCAUGGUGGAUGAACAUGGGGAAAGGGCGGGGCUCCCUCUGCAAAGCCAAGAGUUCAUGUCUGAAGGACCCCUGUUCGUGGGAGGCCUGAAUGACCGGAUGUGGGAAACAGCACACAGCUUAGAACUUGUGUCUGUGCCCGGGAAAUCCAUUCGAGGCUUGUCUCUGAAAGGGUGCCUGCAAGCCUUGGAAGCCAAUUUGGAAAAGAGAGCAUUACGGGAUGCUCUUGUCUCCAGAGACGUUUCUGCUGGGUGCACAAGCGAGGGUCUCCGUGGUACAGAUCCUCCUGUGGCAGGGGAAGAUGUGCUUCCGCCACAGCCAUCCCCUUCCACUGCCGCCCCCAAUGCCAGUUCUCCUCUGAAAAAUCGAAGUGGCAGGUUUUUGGUUUUGAAUAAGCUGGAAGUCCAAGAAGGUGGACGGGCCUUACUGGGACAGAGGCACAUAGAAGUGGGUGUGGACUUCAUGUAUCUGGGUAUCAAUUAUUCCCAGAUACUGUUUAAUAUACAGGAAAUGCCAAUGCACGGGUUCCUUCAAAUAGAUGUUUGGCCUGCACAGGAAAUGGAGCAGACUUUUACUCUGUCAGAUCUGAGGCGUGGGAAAGUGUGGUAUGUCCACGAUGGUUCGGAAGAGCCUACAGAUUGUUUUACGUUUCGGGUUUCUUCUAAUAGCAAGAAGGUGGUGCUGUCCCAGCUGCAGGAUCUCGUUGCACAUGUCUUUAACAUUGUCGUCCUUCCAGUGAACGACCCCCCGUAUCUCAGGCUCCCAGAAGGCCACUUGCUUCUCUUUGAGAACACCAAGCAGCGACUAACACCUGGCCUGAUGCAGGUGUUAGAUCCUGACACGGAUGCUCAACACCUCAGGUUUUCAGUUCUUAACACCUUCAGUUCAGAGGCUGGGUUUUUAGAAAGUGCCAAGGACCCUGGGAAAGCCAUCAGUGAUUUCACAGACGCGGAUUUACAAGAUGGCAACAUUUUCUAUGUGCACAGGGGUCAUCAAAACUCCCGGAUCGUUCUGAGAGCAACUGAUGGUGAACUGGUUAGCAAUACUGUGGUGUUGCGGGUCAUGGCUGUCCCCUGGGACUUUGAAGUGGCUGAUAGGACUGGCGUGGUGGUACCACAAGGUGGUACCGUUCUCAUCACCGGGAGCAACUUGUCUGUGAAGGUGAAUGGUGGACAACAUGAGCUGGACACUCGCUAUGACAUCACACAUCCACCUCAGUUUGGCCAAAUUCAGCAUCUGGGUUCUAACGGAGAAUGGGAACCAGUUAGGACCUUUUCUCAACGUUCUGUUGACCGGGGUGAGAUCCGAUACUACAGUUCAUUCAAAGAAUUGCAGCAAGAAAAUGUUACGGAUCACUUUAAAUUUAAAGUUAGCAUAGAGGGAAGAGUAAGCAAAGAGCUCCUGUUUCCUGUGACUGUGGAGUGGCUGCAACUGACACUUCCGAAAAAUAUCCCUCUGGAGAUUAGCAACAUAAACAGGAAAGUAUUGGACUCUGGUCACCUGCAGGCUGCAGCAGGGAGUGUGCAAGUAGCUGAGAGGGAACUGUUUUUCAAGCUACUGAUGCCACCUAAGAAAGGGAAGCUGCUACUCGGCGAUGAAGUACUUAAAUCCGGUUCGAUGUUCAGUCAAAAGAACGUUACAGACUCUAUGGUAAGCUACAAACCUCAGGGGAGGCCCUGGGAACACUCCCAGGAUUCUUUUAGUUUCUCAAUAGUUGUAAAACAGGUAGAAUCCAAAGGUCAUACCUUCAGGAUAAACCUUGAAGUAGAUAAGACACAUAUCACUGUAACAAACACUGGACUGUAUGUAAAAGAGGGAGAAUGGACAAUAAUUACAAAAUCAGAAUUCUUUGUUCAAACAUUGGACCAUCGUAUCUUCCAAUAUAAAGUCACCAAGAGUCCUCAGCAUGGGGAAUUGAAAUUGGUCAGCUCCUCUACUUCUCCGGGAAGUGAGAGUAGGGCCACUGGAUUCACAGAUGACGACAUAGUGAGUGAGAGGCUGAUCUAUGCUCAUGAUGACUCUGAGACCCGCUGGGAUGAAUUCGUCAUUUUGGCUUCUGCCACAGGCCUGGGCCAACAGGGAGGGGUCAGAAGCCCUGACUCUGAGCACGUGUCUACAGAAAUCAAAGUCAGCAUUUCUGUUGAGUUGAAGAAUGAUGAGAAGCCAGUGCGUGUGGUAGAUAAAAUCUUUCAUGUCGUGCGGGACAGCCAGCGGUUGCUGACACUAGCAGAUCUCUGUUACCACGACCCCGACGUAGAUUUUGAUGAUGGCCAGUUGCUCUAUACUAGACAUGGUAUACCAAAUGGAGAUUUGGUGAAAGCCACUGACCCGACUCAGAAGCUCUACCAGUUCAGACAAGAGGAUCUACGGGAAGGGCGUGUGCUCUUCAAGCACAAUGGUCCAGACUCUGCUCGGUUCCUGCUGUUUGUGACAGAUGGCGUCCAUUAUACGUCAUCCCUUUUGGAGGUCAGCGUGUCAGAGGCCUAUAUCCAUAUAAUUAACAACACAGGGCUGCUUGUGCACAGAGGGAGGGACGGCUUUCUAACAACAGCCAACCUGAGCGUCACCACAAACCAAGACGUCAGAACGGACCAUGAGUUUGAAUUCCACGUCGUGCAACCCCCGAAACAUGGCAGACUCCUGGUCAACAAUUCUGCCUUUCACUCAUUCUCCCAGCAUGACCUAAAGCAGGGACAUGUGACUUACAGGUACAACGGCGAUGGCAACUCUGAUAUCUUUAACCUGACAGUGACAGUUAAAGAUACCUCCCUAGAUGUGAGCGUCUGUGUCCAAGUGUCCUCAGAGGAUCACCAACAUUACAGUCCGAUUCUGCACAGGGAGAGCCUUACAGUUGAAGGAAAACCAGUAAAACUGAGUAGAGGAAAGCUCCAGGUGGCGCAGGAGUCGAUUGACUAUGUUCAUAAUGGCAGUGAGGAGUUCGACAGUCUCACCAUCUUGGCGAACAGCUCCGAGCUUGGGAAACAGAGUCUGCCUCAGACUCUGUUUGUGACCGUUGAGUCUGUAAAUGAUGAGGCUCCGGUAGUAACAGCCAAUAAAGUCCUCCAGGUCAGUGAAGGGCUGAUUCUUUACCAGCACCUGGAUCUUGACACAGCAUGGGCCUCAGAAGACUCCUUCACAUUCACAGCAUCUUCCCCUCCAGCAGAGCUGGGCCCUGAGGAUUUCCGGAUUACUAUUUCACGUGAAACCAAUGAGUCGGGCCGACAGAACAGGCUGCGUGCAAAUACAGGAGCCUCUGUCAAGGAGGGAGAUAAAGUUCUCAUUGACCAAUCUAAAUUAGAUGCUUCCAACCUCUUACUUCAGCUGCCCCGACCUCAGCGUUCUUCCCAUGAAAUCUGGUAUCAGGUUACAGCUCUUCCUCACCAUGGAACCAUUAUGGUUGGAGAGAGAAAUAUUACCACAGAAAAGCCCUACUUCUCCCAGCAAAUAGUUAAUGCAUUUGGAGUCACAUAUCUUCACGAUGACUCUGAAUCAUUGGCUGAUAAUUUUACCUUUGCUGUUUGGCCAAACCCGAAGAAUCAGUCCACCAGCAAGCCAGAGGCCGACUUUCUGGAAGAGGUGUUCACCAUCACCAUCACCCCUGUGAACGAUCAUCCUCCAGCAUUAAAGACCAAAGGGCUUCGGCUUACAGUUCUACAGGGCGGUAGGUUGGUUGUGGGACCUGAAAUCCUCAAGGUAGAAGAUAUAGACAGUCCUCCAAGUGAAAUCCAAUAUGUGGUCAUCCGUCCUCCCAACAAUGGCUUUUUAGCAAUGGCUCAUGCUCCAGACGACAGUGCUCACCAUUUUACACAGGCUGACGUCAACAACGCUCAGGUGUGGUUUAUACAAGACGGAAGUCCAUCCUCUGGAGUGUUUUAUUUCAGUGUGACUGACGGUGAACACCGGCCUCUCUAUAAGCUUUUCCACCUGGAUGUCACCCCCAUCUCCAUCACGCUUGUGAACCUCACAGACCUGCUUCUCCCACAAGGCCAGACAACUGUCCCCAUCACAAAUACUCAUCUCUCAGCAGUGACCAAUGGUGGGAGCCCUCAGAUCACCUACAGAAUAGCACAGCCCCUCCAAAGCGGCCACUUGCUGAUUGAAAACCAGGUGGUCAGCAGCUUCAGGCAAGAGGAUUUGGAUUCUGGAAGACUCUCUUACCACAUGACCAAUCUCACAGCCUCAGAAGAUCAACUGAGGUUCUCACUGUUUACAACAGAGUGCAACUUGACAGAACAGACCCUGGGCAUCAGGGUACAGCCUUUGUUGUGGGUUGGAUCAAACUUGAAAGUUACCAACAGAGUGGCUCACCGGCUCAGGAGAGAGGAUCUGGAUGCAACUGAGCUCGCUAACAGAAGUAAGAGUGACCCCACAUUUGAAGUGAUACAACCCCCCAUCCAUGGACGACUUGUUCGAAGAGCAGUCGACAGCCCUGUGGCGGAAGAGGUCACUCAGUUCACCCAGACAGACAUCAACCAAGGGCAGCUGGUGCUUGAGCCACAGGCUAAUCUAACAGGCACCCAUACACUGAAUGACUCCUUCACCUUCUUGCUCAGUGCAGACGAUGUGCAGCCAGCAACAGGCCAUCUGGCCUUUACUAUAGUGCCACCAGACACCUUACCUUUACAGAUAUUCACACCACAUGUGCCUUUAGUAGUCACUGGAGAGACCCCUGUGGCCUCUGUUUUCUCUCAGAAAAAACUUAGGGCUUCUAUUAUAAAACAGACAGAAAAUCCAGGAAAUCUGACCCAGCGCAAAUGGCAAGGGACAGAUUUCUGGGGUCAGCUCAGUGGCAAAGAACCAAAUAUAGAUGCCAAGGUCUCCCCCACCAGAGUCACUUGGCCAUAUGCUGCCACCAAAGUGGGGGUGACUCUUUCUGGGGAAGCCAUGCAGCCGGAAGUGAGCCGUCACCCUCUGAUGGUCAUCAUACCUUUGGCUGCUGUGUUCCUCCUCCUGUUAGUGACUGUGGUGGCCCUGUGUGUUUGGAUGCUGGGCCGAAAGGAGGACAGGCCCAAUCCUCUUAUCCAGCCAAAGACGAACCUCAAAUCCCCAUCCCCGCGCUUUAGAGCAGAGAGGAGUGGAGCCAUUCCCACAGUCACGGUGACGCCCCUUAUUAGAAGCUCUGGCAGCCCGGCUCCCAGUAUGUUCCAGCCGCAAUCGUAUGAACAGCCAGCCCCUCUGGGGGCGGGGCAUAUAGAGAAAUGUGCUCCUUGGGAGGCGUGGGUGAACCUGGAUCCUGAUAUGGCCAAGCUCUGUCGUCAAACCAAUCCGGCUCUGAAACACAACCAGUAUUGGGUAUAAAUGGGGAACCCUGCCUUCCACACCACCUCCACUCGUUUUCUCUCCUUCCCUCCCCCCACCUCUCUCUCCCGCUUCACCCCUUCACUCUUCUCCACUCCCCAGCCCCAUGUCUCUGUCUUUCUUUGCUGUUACUGACCACUUACUGUGUAUAGGUAGUAAGAUCAGCACUGUGCUAUAAUGAUGAAAGAGUGCCGAUUAGAUCAAGGAAGGCCGCCCAUCAGGUGUUGUUACACACAGGGCUCAGUCACAGCCCGAUGCUGUUGGCGAGUGAUGUACCUUGAACUCCCUGGCCUUCCACCAUGAUCCCUUCCCAGGACCUGGCAUUCUCUAUGAGUAUGAAAUGAAUAAAUCUUUAAAAAAAAUGCUUUAAAAAAGAAUUAAACUACACUAAGGAACUGCUGAGCCGUGGGACCCCAUCGGAAGCAGUGCCGUUAACAUGGGGUUUGGAGUUAAGGGAGAAAGGUUUGGGUGCUUUUCAUGGAAGAUUCACCCUCUCGGUGAGUCAGUCAGAAGGAGGUGCCGGUUCUCUCUCCAUAGAAGGUAUCUUUUAUUGCAUCCGUGAGCUUGUUUAUGUAAUGUUUAUGUGUCCUCCUUUUCCUCUGUGGAGUCUCCUCGGGUUGGUUUCCUUGUGCAGGAAGUGCCUUGUUCAGAUGGCAGGGCAAACUGACCUCCUCUGAGGAGUCAUUCAAUACCUUGUAUUCACCCAGAAGCAAUGCUUACAGAAGGAUCUGUAACAUCAAGAAGUAUCUGAAGCCCUGAGGUAUAGAGAGGCGUGUUAAAAGCUUUUUAGUUUUUGAUGCCUUGGUUUGGCAUCCUUUUAUAAUAAAUUGAAAUAACAACGAAUUUGUAUUCGAAUUGUCUAACCUGAAGCACUGUCCAACAUUAAUUUCUGUAAGUCUAAAAUGAAGCUUUCAGAACUUAUACCAAGAAUGCCUCGGGCUGCAGAGUUCUCACCCACAAACGUUGACUGAGGCUUGCACAAAUGAUUGAGAUUUUUCUGUGAAGAGCAACACAGCAAAGAUUUAGGUUUGUGGGCCACACAUGGUCUCUGUCAUCCAUUUUUCUUUUGUUGUUCUUUCCUAAAACAAAGUCUGUUUUAAGAAUCUGUAAAAGAAAAAAAAAAGCCAUUUUUAGCGCUUGACUUUGGCCCAUACAUCAUGUAGUCUUUGCCAGUCUUUGCUUUGG